AUGAGCAGCCCCAGCCUGAGCAGCAUGGGCCCUAAACCAGAUGACCUGUUUGAGGAUUUAUGGAGGCAACUAGGAGAAUGUCAUCAAAAUACACUUCAAGAACUGGAGGAAAAAGUGAACAAGUUAAAAAAGGACCGCUGUUUAGAUGCACAGAGACUUGAGGUAUUUUACAAUCGUAACCAGCAGCUGAAGGAGCAAAACAAAACCCUGAAGGAUGCUGUCAGUCUUUUGGAGGAAAGACUCCGAGUUGGAGAGUGUGACCGAUGUUCCAUCUUAGAGGAGAACUUGAAAAACAGCCAAGAUCAGAGUGAGCGCCUCAUCACCAAACUGAAACAUGAAAGAAACAGCCUGGAGGAUGAAAACAGAAAACUUCAUGCUGAGCUGCAAAAGUUAAAGAUGUCUUGCUCAGGACCUCAGCGGGCCUCAUCCCCGGAAGUGGAAGACGGCAUCAUCCCAGACUCCCCCAUCCUGGCGAGCUCGCUGCCUGCAGCAAACAAACUGAAGAAGCGUAAAAAUAUUGGCAAAAUCAAACACGUUCGUUACGCAGAGAUGCCUUUACUACAAUCCAACAACUCACUCUUCAGUGAUCUGAAUAAAGGUUCGGGUGAUAAUGAUGUAAAGAAUCCUGGAAGAGCAGAAGUGCUUGUACCCAAUACAUGUGAAUUGGAAACCUCCCAGAUUUUAAAGGAUGACAUGGAAGAGGUGAUAGCAGAAACAUGUGGCCUUGAACUUAUUAAAAAGCCUUACAUGAAAACUGAAAGAACUGCAGGUCAGCAAAGCAGCUCACAAUCUCCCUGGAAGUGUAAUUUUCGUUUAAAUCCAGACUCGACCACAGCAAGGUCACCAUCUCUUCUCCCUCGUGUCAAACGGUUUUCAGAAGAGGUCUCCAUUUGCAAAUCAAAGCGGAAGAAGGAGGAAGGUGAGCCAGAGGUGCAGGAGGAGGACAGACAGAAAGAAGACCAGCAUGUAGAAUCUGAACCAGUCCAAAGAACCUCUGCACCUUUAAGCAAUCAAAGCUUCAAGAAGGAGUCACCUGGCUGCAAGAUUCAGUCAGCACACAAUGGGACUUUGAAAGAAAGGCUAAAUGUUUCCAGUGCAAGUCCUACUUUCAAGAAACCAAACUGGAACGUUAAAGAACAAGCAAACCAGAGAAGAAACCCUCUGCAGGGUCCGAACAAGUCAAACAUACAACAUGAAGCAGAAGAUGCUGAAAAGAAGCACAAAGUGGAGCCUAUGUGGAGCAUUGACCCUGCAGUCGCCCUGUCCAUGUAUGACAGUGAGUGGAGAGGAGAUGAGCAAAACGAAGAACCACACACACACGGGGAGUUAGCAGACACUGACUGCACUUGGGUCAGUCACAGCUUACUGCAGCGUCGGACAGGAAACAGCCAGGACAGAGGAGACGGGGGACUAGGCGAGAAGGCGAAUGACAGUUUGGAUCAAAUGUUUGACACCACAGCCUACGGGGAGUACAAGUCUUUCAUCAAUUCACACACACAGAACCAGUCUCGUGAUCAUCAUCAUCAUGAUGAUGAGGAGGAGGAAGAGGAGGAAGAAGAAGAAAAGGAGGAAGAGGAUGAGGAUGAUGAUCAUCCUGGCAGCACUCCAGGUCACAGUAAAGGGCACAAAGCAGGACACCCAACUUUUGCACAUAUGGUAGUAGUACGCAAGAAAGAUGAGAGAAGAAAACUGAAGGGCACUACCUGCAAGGAAUGUGAAAUAUAUUACGCUCAUCUCCCAGAGGAGGAGAAAAAGAAGAAGCUGUCUGAAUGCUCGAGGCACCGUUAUCUUUAUGUUCCUCCUUCCACUCCUGAAAAUUUCUGGGAAGUUGGAUUCCCAUCAACUCAAACAUGCAUCGACAGAGGUUAUAUCAAGGAAGAGAAGAAUCCACAGGCACGUUCCCGCAGAAGACAACCUUUCAAUGCUUUAUUCUCCCCAAAGAGAAACCAGCAGGACAGCUAAAAAAGGAUUCUUCUCUGUAAAGCUGCUCGAAUUGGCCCAUUUACAGAAACACAGACAUGAAGCACAGGCUUUCACUGUUAAACCUGCACUGGGGGGUACAAUGAAGCUCUUGCUUUUUACACUGACAAUGAUGAUUAUUCGUCAACUUUUCUUUCUGUCUGUAUGUACAGAUUACUUUGUUGUGAGUAAGUAUGCUUGAGACACAUUAAAUAAAUAAAAAGUAAC